AUGGUGUUUGUGGAGGGCUCUAAAGAAUCUAUUGAAGGGGAUCUCUCUGUGUUUGAUGAGUUUUCAGUUUGGUCGGGUCUCUCCAUUAGUUCAGAGAAAUCAACCAUCUUCAAGGCGGGUAUUUCAGAAGUUGAGAGGAGCAGAAUUCUGAUGAAUUUCCCCUUUGCUGAAGGUGAUCUCCCUGUCCGCUAUUUAGGGUUACCUCUGAUGACUCAAGCUAUGAGAAGACAAGACUUUCUGCCUCUUUUGGAAAGGAUCAGGGGUUGUAUCAGCACGUGGACAAAGCUUAAAUCUACAGGUGCAAAAAUGGCUUGGAAGGAUAUAUGUAAGACAAACCAGGAAGGAGGGCUGGGUAUUCGAGCUCUAAAGGAAGUUAAUCUAGUUUAUGGCUUGAAGCUUAUUUGGAGAAUGCUAACCGGGAACUCACUUUGGGGUAAAUGGAUCAAAACCAAUUUUCUCAAAAAGAAAAAUUUCUGGGAAGUGAAUGGGAAUGCUCAAGGGUGCUCUUGGAUAUGGAGGAAUAUGCUUAACCUUAGAGAUGUAGCAAAUACUUCCACAUGA